AUGACGUCCGGUACUGUCUCCUCGCUUUUGGUUCUCUUCUUGAGCUGCACGCCGGCGCUAGCUCAGACGCAGGCGCAGUUCAAUCAAGUGCUUAAUGUAAAUGGCGAUAUGAAGCUCAACUCCUUUCAAUUUCCCGAUCGUUCAAAAGUGGAGACCUUCUCCCAGAAACAGCAACAGAUAAUUGUUAAUCAACAAACUCCCGCCAUCCCCGCGAACCAGGUUACAGGGUCAACCGGUCAGCCCUUCGUCGCCAUCACGCCACAAUCAAUGACCAUUAGCACUAACAAGGCUACGGACUUGGUCGGUGGACAGGUUGAGAUGGCCAUGACUAUGCAGAACCUGCAGAAUGCCGCUGUUCAGCCAGACAACACGUACGUUGCCAUGCUUUCACCGGAUAGGCAAACUUGGAUGAUUCAGGAGACGAUGAGAAGCGUCAACAGCACUGACCUGACCGUACGCAUGGUCAAGCGAAACCAGCUCGACGGCGAGUACAUGGUCGUCGGUCGUCAGACGAUCGAGACCAACACCUUGGUCGUUCCAUUUGGCAGUGAUGGAGCUACCUCAGUUGCUAUUCAGGGUACCGGUCUUCAAGAAAACGAGUUCCAGGACGGAUUCAGGAUGUCCACCCGUGCGACUCAGCCCAUGACAAUGAACGUCGACGUCAAGGAUGGUGUUGACCAGGGCAUGUUGGCUGGACUUCAAGGACAGCAGGUAGUCAAUGAUUACCGCUACUCGGUUAUUACAAACCUAGCUGCCGUCACCCCAGACUUGAACCAACAAGUGACUGUUGUUCAAAUGCCCAUCAAUGCGGUCCGUAUUCAAAAGAUGAUGCAGGCCAUGGGUGUUUCACCAACCGGUCAGGUCGCCAUCGCCGUUGCUCAACGUGGUGUCCUCCAGAAUCCCGGUGGUGCCACUGGAAACCUCGGCGGUGCCGCUACCCAGCGCCGCGGACUCACCCGGGGUGAGUUCAGGAAGGAGGUUGCUCGCCAAAUCCAGGCUGGUACACCAACCAACGGCAACAACCCAGUUGCGACUCAGCUGUUGCUUGCGCCCACCUUCACCCCCAUUCAGGCUGAUGCAGUCCUCGACCAAACUAACAUGCGAAUUGCCAUCCCUGUCCGUCAGGUGGAUGGAGAGUACAUUCUUACCAUGCAAAUGAUGGGAGGUGCCCAGGCUGCUCAACCUGCUCAACCUGCUCCCGAAGGGCAACGUCCUACUGAGGGCCAACGUCCUACGGAAGGCAAACAGCCCACCGCUGUUCAGAGCGAAGCUCCAGUCACCGAAAGCCAAACUCCUACUGCCGAGGCACCCGCUUCCAGCUCCAUCGCAAAGGGUGAACGUCCGACCCCCGAGGGUCCAUCUAACAGCACUGAGCCAGCUAAGCCUGAGCGUCGCCAGGAGAAUUCCGGAAAAGACAAGUACGGCCAGACGAAGCCGGCGCAGGGUGCUGUCAUUAUGACGAUGAAGAUGAUCGACGACAUGGCCGAGGCCGUUCUAUGGGGAGGCCAGGCGCCCAUUACCAGGAUGAUGAACGACUAUGUCAAAGCGCAGACUGGAAAGGGAACGGACCCCAUUUCCAACGGCACGUCUUCGUCUUCGUCUACCACGAAGCUCAUUGUCUAA